AGGUGGACAUUAUGCAGCAAUGUGUGAACCUUCAGCUGGAGACGGGGCACAAUCACCACGAGGUGGGCGACACAGACGCCUACCGGGAAGUCAUUGCAGAUUUCGCGAAGGAACUCUGGCAAGGUAUGCCCGCUUGGACCGUUUUAGAUGAGGAGGUUCAGCAGGGAAUGAUUCAUCGUGUGAACCGCGAGGACGAACACGGCCAGGUUACCUAUGAUUUCCAGUACACCAAGAUUGUGAAGGAGGCUGGGAAGUCCGUGAGCAAAGUCUUCAUCGUGAAGGAUCGACGACGUGAUCAGCUCCAAACCCGUCAGUUGCUGGUGAAGGGCGACCCUGCAGGUGGCAAGACCACCUUCGCCAAGCAGCUCCUCACAUGGAUCAUGCGAAGUGACGACAAAUGGCUGGUUCCGGUGAUGGUGCGCACCAUUGACUUGGUGCGGAGUCACGACCAGCUCGACCACGACAAUUUGGUGAUGCAGUACCUGGCAAUGAUGUACAAGGAGUGCCAUUGGGAGCUCAUCGACUUGGCGCGGCAACACGGACGGCUGCUGCUGAUCUUGGAUGGCUUUGACGAAGCUGGCUUUUUGGAGAGAGACCUGGCGAAAGAAAUUUCCAGCAAGUUGAACAAUCAGGUGUUUCUCCUGGUCACCAGUCGAGAAAUGAGUGGUCUCCACAAUGGAAAAGAUUUCGACCGCUUUCGAAGCGUGAGGGUGAAGGAACUCAACGAAGCACAGCGGCGGCAAGUGAUCCAACGACGAUUGAAGGAUGGAGAGGUCGAGGCCUUCUGCAAUCAGCUCACGUUGAAUCCAGCCCUCUGUGCCAUGACCAGGAAUCCUCUACUGUUGAACGUGACGCUGUCCGUCUACGAGACCACGGCGGAACGCGAGUUGGGCGCUUCGUUGAAUCGAGGCAAGGUCUAUGGCCUUGCUUUGGACGGCAUGCUGAGCAAUUUGGAGCGGGCCAAAGCCGUCCACGCUUCGGGCUAUCCGGGAGGCCCUGGAUGUUUGGUCAGCGGCUUACGGGAGGUCUUAAAGAGUAUUGCCUUCCUGGCGCACUCCCAGCGGAGUGGCCGUGGGGUGCGAGACUUCCGGCGGGAGCUGGUGCACAAGGCCAUCCGGCAGGUCAAUCUCAAGGGCGUGAUCUUUGAGUUAACCCAGUGGAAUGAGGUGGAAGAUCUCAUUAAGAAGGGGCGCUUGCCCCUGUUGACGUGGUUUUCGGAAGAUGGUGAAGAUACCUUCCGCUUCGCCCAUUUGACUUUUCAGGAGUUCCUUUGUGCAGAGUACUGCCUCCAGCAAUGUCAAGAAAGUGAGGACUUCGUUUUAGAACUCCGCGACUUGAUUUGUUCCCACGAGCCGCGGGAGAUCGUCGAGCGAGGUUGGUGGCAGCAAAGCAUCCAGAUGUUUUGCGACCUCGCAGUGGCGAAUCAAGCCACAGCCGCUUCGGGGCAGUGCUGGAGCAGCGUGCUGGGCGAAUGUCUCCUGCAACUUGGGAGGUUCCACCCCGGCGCCGACGCCAUGUCGCCGAGCCGGUCGUCCACGGCCUCCUCCCCGCGCUCGGCGGCGUCCUCGAGCGACGAGCCGAUGGCACCGGUUACUGCAGGCCGAGCGCUGCGCCACGGCUCAAGACGACACGCCAGCGACCCCAAAACGGUCAACUUUCUGCAUUUGGUGAACGAUACCAACAUUCUGACGGUGCUUUCCAUGAUUCGCAGCUCCGACUCCGUCGAGCAUCUCAAGUUGGGAGGUGGUCUCACCUCCAGUGGUAUCUCCACAAUCAGAACCUUGCACGUGAAAGGCCUGAGAGGUCUCUAUUUGAACCAAAACUACAUCGGCCCUGAAGGCUGCAAGGCAAUUGCUGCCUUCAUGCGCAAGCCGGAGGUUUCAUUGGAGAUCUUGGAACUGGUGAACAAUGUCAUUUGCCAGGGUGUGGCGAAGGAGGAGAUGCUGCCCGUUUCCCGACGGAAUCCGCCCAGCGGCUACUACGACUCGUAUCACCAGGAUCUAAGCGGCCUGGUGGAUCUGUUGCAAGUGGUGCGAGAACACCCCAGCCUACGAAUUUUGGACCUCCGCGGCAACUUCCUGCCAUUUGUGGCCGGCGAAGCGUUGAUGAGGGUCGCAGCAAAACAUCCUCAAUUGGAACAGAUUUGUGGAGUAGAUCUACAUUCAGUUCGACGUCAAGAUAUGGUACAGUUCGAGCUGCAGAAUGACGCAUACUUCUUCAAUGCGGACUAUCAAGCACGACCUGAUGCACCGUUCCUCUCCACUGGUGGAGCCGCCUUUUUGGUGCGGCUCUUGCUGCGCUAUCCCCAAAGAGAGCUGCAGGUCUUCAAGUUGGCCAAUCAGGCUUUAGCCUCCGAUUUGCAGAAUGUGGUCCAGUUGUAUGAUGAGCUUGGUCAGGUACUGGCAGGUGGCAAACUUAAACAUCUGGAUCUCAGUGGUUUCUGGGACAGCGGUGCAGAUGCUGGCGUCGCUCUGGGAAAACAUUUGGCGAAGAUUCCAUCGUUGAAAAGCCUCCGGGUGGGCACCAACGAGCUCAGUUUGGAGCAGAUCCGUAAAGGCAGCUCUGAUACGAUCCUAAACUUGGGUCGAUCAAGGAUGAGGGACUGCGGGGCUGGUAUCCUCAGCCAGUGCUUGCCUGCCAACGUCACCAAGAUUGAUCUCAGUGGCGCUGGGUUGGGUGCACAUGGUUACAAGAUCCUAUCGCAGAUCCCGACGCUUCAGCAGAUUAACGGAGUUGACAUGAGUGCCUUCAAGGCCACCACCGAAGAGCUGGACUUCUCGGAGACACCAGUGGUACCCUCCGGCUCGGUGGCCGCCAUCAUCGCGCGCACGGUGCUGACGCCCAAGUUGCAACGGCUGAACCUAUCCAAAUGCAACCUGACGAGCAAGUCCCACGUGCAUCCCUUGACCCCCGUGGUGGGGGGUUCCAGUGGCAUCGGUUGCAACGGUGGCUGCGACUGCCGGACCUUUGAGGGGACCAAUGCCUACAAACACUGCGCAGAUUGCGAUCUGGACUUCUGUUCCACCUGUUGCAUGUCCCAAUGUCCCAUGAUUGACUUGGCCGAGUCCUUGGAGAGGCUGCCGCAUUUGGUAUCUUUGAAGCUCUCAGAGUGCUCCUUCCAAGGUGGCAGAAUGGGCCCCGUCCGUUCGCACUUGGAUAUUGAUGGAUAUCAAGUGCUGGGUGAAGCCUUAGCUCGACAUCCGAAUAUCACAGAGCUGGAUCUCAGCAAGAACUUCUUCCAAGGUCAGGGAUUUGCGUAUUUGCUACGUGGGGUCGUAGAGAUGCAGGUCUUGCACAGCAUCACUUUGGGAGCUGAGGCCUUGCGUUUUCAGGAUUUCCUGACUCUGGAGACUUUGGAGGUGGGGGAGGAGUGGCUCCCUGUGGAGAGUCAGUUGCUGUGCAUGGCCAUUCGUCGAAAUUCUCGACUUCGUCAGCUCCAUUUGUCCAAGGCGCAGGCGGACUUGCGCAUUGACAGCGUCAAAGCCUUGGUGGAGAGUUUGGAGGCCCUGCAUGUUCAAGGAACCAUGCUGGAUGUCGUAACCAUUGGGGGCCUGACUUUCCCUUUGCGCCAGAUGGCUGCCGGUCUCAUGGACUCCUUAGACUUCGCUUCUUCGACACGCCACAACAGAUGUGCACUGGCGCCUUUACUGGUCUUCGCGCUGGAUCAUAGCAGCGGUUUGCGCAACCUGAACUUCAUCAACAACGACUUUGGCGCGGAGAACGAACAUGUGGUGGACUCCGUACUACGGCUCGCGCAGAGAGGUUUGGAGGUUUACAACGACCUUCCUCUACACGGUGCAGCAGAAGGGUUUGAUGUGCAAUUGCGAGCGGUGAUGCCGCACGGGCUCUGUGUCUUCGCCAGCACUUUCUUGCCGCGGCAAAGGUAUUUGAAACACCUCAAUUUGCAGAGCUGCGGCUUGGAAACCGGGCUGAAACCGGCUAUCCUUCUGGCGGUGUUGCAGAUUCAAACAGUCAUUACCCUGGAUAUUUCCAGCCAACCUUUGAAGAAGGCUGGGAUGGAGCAUUUGGCCUCAUUCCUACGCUCUGAUAAGAAGCUGCAAAUGCUCACGGCGCAGAACAUCAGCACGCCCUCCUACUACACCGCAGAGAUGUUGGACUUCGCCAAAGCCAUGGAGGUUAACAGCACCUUGGCGACGCUGGACUUGCGUGGGAACGCGCUCCAUGGGGGAAUCGUUGGGCGUUUGCGCCGGACUAUGGAAGAAAAGCGUAGUGUGUUGCCGUUGCCCUUCGACAGCAAGAUUUGUUUCCUGAUGUGCAACCGACGCAUGCCUUACCAUUUGCAGCUGCCAGAAGUGGCACAGGUAUGCGAGGUGAGUCGAAUGUUCAUUGGUGGAUCCUACAGCCCACUCUUCAUGAUUUUCCAGUUCUGCGGGCAACCGCGUUUGCUGCAACUUGACGAUGAACAGAUGGAUCCAGGACCCUCAGAGACUGACAUGCUUUGGCGUCCGUGGAUGAGAAAUUUGGCCACCGAUUUGGAAGGCUUUGUUCAGGCUCAAAGGUUUCGUCAUAUAGGGGUCUUCGACAGUGACGAGGAGGACGACGACUUUCCUUGGGAUGAUUUGCGUGCGCCAGCGAGGUUAGAUAGCAGCGGUGAUGAGGUGAUCUGAGGAGUUUACAAAACGGUGAUGCCCUUUGUACAGCUGGGCGUAGCACCAAAUACGUCAAACAAGAUGGCAGCUGGCUGUGUUGGUCAAGUUGUG